GUGGACGGUGAUUUUUUUUUUUUUUUUUUUUUUUAACUUUACUUCCCAAACGACUUUCGCUUCCACGUCAACUCGGACAGUUUUGCGUUAACUGUCCCGGAUUAAAAAACGACGAUGGCUUCCUCGCCUCAGAAAUCCCCGUCCUCUCCGAAAUCCCCGACGCCCAAAUCCCCGUCCUCCAGAAAGAAAGAUGACUCCUUCCUGGGGAAACUUGGAGGAACUUUGGCGAGAAGGAAAAAGGCUAAAGAAGUGUCUGAGCUUCAGGAAGAGGGGAUAAAUGCCAUCAACCUUCCUCUGAGCCCUUCGCACUAUGAGCUGGACCCUGAGGACACAAUGCUAGAGGAGAAUGAAGUCCGCACCAUGGUGGACCCCAACUCCAAGAAUGACCGCAAACUGCAGGAGCUCAUGAAGGUGUUGAUCGACUGGAUAAAUGAUGUUCUGGUGGGAGAGAGGAUCAUUGUGAAGGAUCUGGCUGAAGAUCUGUAUGAUGGACAGGUCCUGCAGAAGCUGUUUGAAAAGCUGGAGGGUGAGAAACUGAACGUGGCUGAGGUGACCCAGUCGGAGAUCGCCCAGAAACAGAAGCUGCAGACGGUUUUAGAGCGCAUCAACGACUCGCUCAAACUCUCCACCAGGAACAUUCGCUGGAAUGUUGACUCGGUUCACGCUAAGAGUAUUGUUGCCAUCCUGCACCUGCUGGUGGCGCUGUCGCAACACUUCAGAGCACCAAUCAGAUUGCCCGACCACGUUUCUAUUCAAGUAGUGGUCGUCCAGAAAAGAGAGGGCAUCCUUCAGUCCAGACAAAUUCAAGAGGAAAUCACUGGCAACACAGAGGCUUUCUCUGGCAGACAUGAGCGCGAUGCCUUCGACACCCUGUUUGACCAUGCUCCAGAUAAACUCAAUGUUGUCAAAAAGACGUUGAUCACAUUUGUGAACAAACACCUGAACAAGCUCAACCUCGAGGUGUCUGAACUGGACACACAGUUUGCAGACGGUGUGUAUCUGGUGUUGCUGAUGGGGCUGCUGGAGGGAUACUUCGUGCCGCUCUACAACUUUUUCCUCACACCAGAAAACUUUGACCAAAAGGUCCACAACGUGUCCUUCUCCUUCGAACUGAUGCAGGAUGGAGGUCUGGAGAGACCAAAGCCCCGGCCAGAGGAUAUAGUGAACUGUGACCUUAAAUCCACCCUGCGCGUCCUCUACAACCUCUUCACCAGGUACAGGAACGUAGACUGAGCACCAUGUAGCAGGAAGGAAUGCUUUUUACCGUGGACCACAUGCUUAAGAUUAACAAUACUGUAUGUUUAUCCUUCAUUUGUUGUAGAAAUCAGUUUUUAUCUGAAUGCAUGCAUCACAUUUUGUAUCUGCUGAACAGUGAAACACACAGAAAUGUUGUUUGUUUUCCUUUAACUCCUGCAAAGACGUUUGGCUUUUGUGCCUCGAAAUGUUUAUGGCUUUUCAUUGUAAACUGGGCAUUGCUAUACAGUCCUGCAGACAUCUAUGAUCGCCACUAUUCAUGUUCAGUCUUUAACGAUGUGUGUCACCCUCACUCGAUAUCACGAGAGGAGAGACUUUAGGUGAACAACACUUAACUUUUUUUAAUUCAGAAAAGAAAAUGUUUAUCUGUAUUUAUUGUUCAUUUUCAUACACGUGUUCUUUCUUAACCUCUUCUCCCUCUGCUCUUGUUUAUGUAGUUCAUAAGUGCCUUUAUUUAAACACGUGAACAGUGUCAGCUCCCGGUACUUCACGCUGGGAUGCGUGUGCUCCCCACUCGUCUUAACACUCCAGGUUUCUUUCGAACUUGUGGAGGAACAUUUGAAAUAGUUGACCAAAGCUGUUGUAUUCACACUGUAAUACGUUAUAAAGGCUUUAUUCAGCAGCCACUCUAUCCACUUUCUUGUGUUUUAAAUUGUGAUUUGUAGCUUAUUUUUAAUUGAGAUACGUCAGCGUUGUAUAAUCACCCUGCUCUUUGUGGUUUAACACAUUAUUUCCAUCAUCAACACACAUUAGAUUUCACUCCUUCAGAAUCAGAAUAACUUUAUUAAUCUCCGUAGGGAAAUUCUUGAAAUUCUUUCUGCGAGACAAAUGAAAUUUGGCUGAAUACGUUAAAUGUUUCAGGCGACAAAUUGUAUGUUGUGUUCUAGUUUCGAGGCACUCUCACUUCAUCAAAGAAUAAACGCGGCGACCGUCUGUGGUUCAGGCUGCCAACACAUUCUCUAUCACCUAUCUAUUUAUGUUUUAAUGCAUUACAUUCAAUAAAUCGUUCAGUCCCUGA